AUGAGGUACGAUACGGAAUACGAUGUCAUUGCACAAGGCGAAAACUUGGGGUCGCACGGUACAAGGUCCCUCGACAACGCCAGAAAGCCAACAUCAUUGACCGAAGUUACCAUCCAAAAGCUGGCCGAGUUCGACCAAACCGGCGGACACCCACUUCGACGCUUUUACUUCCGUGCCCUUGUCGGUGUUCUGGGGCCCAUCAUCGUCACUGGAUAUUACCUCGCAGUCUGGCGAUACUACCUUGCUCCGAUCGAUCCCAACAAUCCUGUGCCAUUCGGACCGGCUGGGGCAAAAUGGAUCCUUUACAGUUGGUUCGUUAUUGGUGUCGUCGGGCUGAGUCUCAGCAAGUACGGCCUUGAAGGUGUUGAGGCCAGUAUGUUAAUGGAACCUGGUUGGAAUCCCACCAACGGUAUGAAGCUGAUGAUGCAUGGAGAGAAGACCUGGAGCGGACCUGGAGGAUGGAUGAGGAUAAUAAAUUGGUCUUGGCAGCUCAGCAGAGGAAGUGGGAAGCUGGAGCUUCCAUCAGCGUUGUGGUUCUUCCUGGCGUUCCCGAGCAUCUUCAUCUUCAUUGCCUAUCCUAUAUCUGGAUCGACAAUUGAGAUAACCCAAGGACAUCUUCACGGCCGAAAUGUCAGCGGUGGGCCUCCAGUGAAAGGCUUCUCCUACUCAAACUUCAACGAGCGGAAUGUGGCGGAUGUUUCUGAUGGGGCUAGGAUCAUCUGGCAAAAUGGCUUAGACACUCGCAUCCUAGGCUACGGCGCUCUAUACACACCUCAAGGGUACGACCGGUCCUCAAAUACCUAUCUUCGCAAGUUACCUACGGUCCUACCCAAAUAUGACGGCGUGACUCGGGUCUUCCUUGCCGCCCAAGCCGCAAAUCCAAUCGAGGGAAACAGCUGGGGCCUUUUGAUGCAGUACAAUUGCAGUAUCGUCGACCGUCUCCAAGACUUUCGCAUUCUGAGCCAUCGCAAUUCUUCUCUUUACAGACCUAACGUUGGUGGCUCGUCGUCUUACCGGACAAAGAAUGGUUCCGUUAGCAUCGAAGUCAAGAAUCAGACCGAUACUGAGUGGACAUACAAUGCGUAUGGCGUCAUGGAAUUGGGAUAUGAGGUCUGGCCCGACCCGAGACGAUUGAGCGUCGCAGAUAGCAAUGCGAUGUUCAACAAGAAUACCGCGUGCUACUUCAACCAGGUCGAGAACAUCACUGGCGACUACCCCGGUAUUGAGCAAGAACAAGUCUUCGAAGCGAUACUUUGGCAAUCUUUGCUCAACAAAAUCUCUCCUCAUCCCAUGAGCGCAAUCGGCGUCCAAUGCAAAGCCAGCAGCAACGUGGGCACUGCAGACAUUGAUGGAGUCACAUCAACAUACUCGAACUUUGUGCGCACCGAUACGCCAAUCAACAACCAAACUCAACGCUGCGCGUGGCGAUUUGGAGCAAACGUACCCAGCAUGGUGAUGCCUAAGCUCAAAGACCAAUGGCUAUCAACAUUAUUCACAUCCGUAGCCGCCCCGCCUCCCUUAUAUGCUUCCUACACAGACGAUCCUUCGAGUAUUGAUGCCGGCACUGGAUUCUUGACACAGUUGAGCUACCUCCAACCUGAGCAGUUGAGGCAAAGCAUGUUGCGUGCUUAUGGUGCAUACGCGGUUCAAUUGAUGUACAACGGCGGUCAGGGCUUCACGGGUAGAGAUGGCUCACAUGUCGAAUUCCAAAACCCCAACGUGACCGAGUUCCAGUCUGGAACUGUGAUUACGCGUGGCAUCAUGCCGGCAGAAGUCCCUUUCACCCUCUUCGUGGCUUGGGCUCUGGUUGGAGCUAUCCUGGGCGUGAAGUAUGGCUUUAGGAGACGCUGGAGUGCGAUUCUGGACGGAUACACCAUGUUCAGACUUGGAGCUGACUUGCCAGAGGACAUGAAGAGACAAUUCGCUGAACAGUCAAAUACACUGGAAGUUGAGGGUUGUCAUGGGCUGAGUGGUGUACCUGGACUUGUAGGUGACACAAAGCCAGAUAUGUGGCUGGGUCACAUUGGCUUGGUGGGGAGCAGUGUCGCCGCAAAAGACAAGUUGUACGAGUAG